UGAAAGUCCGUGUCGACUGCUUCAGUUCAUGCAAUAUUUAUUCUUAAAAAUUGUUUUAACAAUGAGGAUAAAUGAAAAUGUCUUGAUAGAGGGAAGCCGUGUUGUGUUUGUACCUUACAAAGAACACCAUGUUUUCAGAUACAAUGACUGGAUGCAGUCCGAAGUGUUGCAACAAUUGACAGCGUCUGAGCCCCUGACUCUUGCAGAGGAAUAUGAAAUGCAAAAGAGCUGGCACCUCGAUGAAAAAAAGUGCACAUUUAUUCUUCUUGAGAAAGACAAAUGGCAAACUCCCGAGUGUCCAGAAACAGAUUGCAUGUGCGGUGAUGUUAAUCUCUACUGCAUUGAUUCAGACGAUGACGUCCAUACAGCGGAGAUAGAAAUCAUGAUUGCAGAUAUGUCAUGUAGAAGGAAGGGAAUUGGACAGGAAGCUCUACUUCUAAUGAUGCAGUUUGGGGUGACUAAACUCCAGAUGUGCAGAUUUGUAGCCAAGAUAGGGCUCCAAAAUGAGCCCAGUCUGGCCCUUUUCAAGAGGCUUGGGUUCCAAGAAGAGUCUGUGAGUGAAGUUUUUCAAGAGAUGACCUUGCACCUGGACAUAACAGAAGACGUCAGGAGUGAACUGAAUACAAAAACUAUACAUAUGGAAUGCAAAGUCUACGAACCCAAAAGGUGAUGAUGAGGUGCUCCACACACAAUGCUUGGGUCAAGCCAGAUUUCAACUCCAAGUCAAACACAUCAUCACUUUUGGGUCAAAAAGUAAAAUAAUUGCAAAAAUUAUAAUUGUUAAAUGAUUUCUUUCAACACAACA